AUGAUGCGAGAGGGGCGACACCAUGACGGCGGCAAGGACCCUGAACCGACCACUCAACCCACCGUACAGAUACUCUGUGAAUUUUUCUUGAAAGGAAACCUGCCGAUCUCCGACCUCAACGCUCUUUGCUAUGGAGAGUCUGCCGCGGAACAGCUUUCAGAGCUCACCGACGCAAAGUAUCACCUGCAGCCAACCAAGACCCAUCUGUCGCCGGGCUACGGCUACGGAUACACGCAGGGCGCGAACCACCACAUCUUCAGGAUCCUUGCCGGAACAUCCCCCCUGAAGCGAUGCUUUCAGCUUCCCACGACGGACCGCAACGAGCUAAGGUACGGAGUAGAGACAUCGGGCGUGCGCCCUUACAAGUGA